GAUAAGAUGAUACAGGGGGGUACCCAGGUGAAGUUUCCGAACGCAGCCAUAGUGGGUAAUGAACAUCCGUGAAUCCGAAGGACGAAAAAGUAUCGUCACACACUAUCGAGGAAGAAAAGACAAAGCAGUAGAAAAAGACGAAAAGAAACACUGGUAGAGUUGAGAAUAACUUCAAUAUUUACUUAAUAUGGAGAGUAAUUCGCCACCGUUGCACUUUCGGCGCAUCUGUCGAUUCUGCUUAUCGGAUUCGGAACCUCUGAACUCCAUCUACGAGCGCAACCAGUCAGUCCAGUUACCACUCCAGUUGCAGAUCAUGUCCUGCGUUGCUAUCGAGGUCUAUACCGAGGACGAGAUGCCACAGGUGAUCUGUAACACGUGCCGCUGGAAUCUGGAUUACUUUUAUAAAUUCAAGUUGCAAUGCAAGAAGGCCGACGAGGCAUUAAGAGAUUGCCUUCUGUCUGGAAAAUUACCGAAACCUUUCCCGCCCAUUCGUAUCAAUCCGUUGACGGAGAUCGGCAACAAGAGGCCAGUCGAAUAUAGAUCACAGAAUGAGGUUUCGAAAAAGCAACGCAUCUUUGAUGAUAGCAAAAAUACAAGAGAGAGACGUGAGACCAGAAGAAGGGAGAAAGAGAGGGAAAGGCAGCAUCUUUACGAGGAAACAGAGAACGAGCAGAACGGAGACAGUGAGAGUAAUCAAGAAACAAGCAACAUUAAUGAAAACAAAGAACACGAGCCAGCAGAGGUCAAAGUACACGCAUGCGAUCAAUGUGAACGUACAUUCGCAUUACAUCAGGCUCUGCUGCUGCAUGUUCAGCGCAUUCAUGUUCGCGCUCGCAAUUACAAGUGCAACGAGUGCGAGAAAAACUUUUUCAAUAAACACGAUCUGGUCAAGCACUUGAGUAUUCAUUCGCAGGAGAAGCCGUAUUCGUGCUCGAUUUGCGAGAAGCAAUUCUCGCGGCUGACUUCGCUGCAACGUCACAAGAAGAUACACAAAGAUGAGACGCACUACACCUGUUCCCAUUGCGACGAUGAAUUUUUCACUACAGAGGAACUCGAAGAGCACAAGAAUUCGGCACACAAGAAAGAGAAGCCGUUCCAGUGUAACAUUUGCAAGAAGCGCUUCCUAUACAAACAGGGUCUGCAACGGCACGAGACAUUACAUAAUAAUAAGGAUGAAAAAUUCGUAUGUGAUUACUGUAAGGAGACCUUCCGUACUUGCACAAAGCUGGCCCGACAUCUGAUUACCCAUUCUGGUCCUCGACCAUAUAUGUGCAAAUUGUGUCCUCGUACAUUUCUGCUAUCGCAUCAUUUGACUAGACACAUGCGUAUGUCUCAUUCAAAAGAGAAGCGCCGUGUAUACAAGAACGGCAAGAAGAGCUUAAAAGUAAAUCAGUUGACGCACGCGAAACGUACAUACAUGUGCUUCACCUGCGAUGUCUGUCAAGAAUCUUGUCGUAAUCGCGCUGAUUAUGUCAUCCACAUCAAGCAGCAUAUCGAAGCGGGCGAGAAAAUGGACCCGGACAGUUUACAGUCCAAUAUUAAGAAAAAUCUUAAACUAAAGUUUAAUAAGACGAAAGAAAAAGAAAAAGAUCAGCAUUCUAAUAGGAAUGAUGAUCACGAGUCGUCAGAGUACGUUGUGAAAAAGUUACCAAAGUCGUUAAUGCCUUCAGAGAGUGAGAAGAAAGAAGAGCAGGCUAGAAAAAAUAAGAAAGAAAAUUCCGAGAAACAAGAAAAGGAAGAACCUAAUGUGAUGUACGUACGUAGCAAAAAUGGUAGCAUGGUCAAAAUUACGACAUUCCCACCCAUCGAGCGUAUACACGAUAUUCAAGAGCAGAAAGCAAUAUUUGAGAGUACGAAGCAAACUACUUCAAUCGAUUCUCCUUCUCAGAGCAGCUCGAAAGGCCUCACGUCAUCGCAAACCGAAAAGAUUCCCAAAAGCGGCUAUGUGGACGACAUCGAGUUACAAGCGCAAAAGAUCAUCACCUCAGUAUCCAAAAACCAGAAGACCCUGUUGAAGCACCAACAGAACGGCCAAGAUCAAUCUAAUGAAUCGCUAACAUCUGUGACGAGAGUCCAGAGCUCUUCUCAAGAAAGUAACAAGGGCAAUGAUAAAUCAGAGACCUUAGCAUUCACUCCGAACACCAUCAAAGUUAAAAGGAUUAAAAGAAUUGUGGUGAGGAAAUCGGCAGGAAGAAGUAACGAAGAAACAUCAGCUAGUACAUCUGGUGUCAAGGAUGGAGAUUCUUUUUUGAGCGGUAUUCCUGGCUCGCGUAUCAAGCGAGUGAUUGUCAGUAGAAUUAUCCGAAAGAAUGACGUUGUUCAUGAAGUUAUCAUGAAUCCAGAUGGAACUACGAUAGAUACCGCAGAACUGACAAAACUAUCGACUGGCAAUGUAGUGAAGCGAAUAGUAAGGAAGCUACCGCUAGACAAGAAUCAGAAUAUGGUACAAGCGCUAUUGCAAUCCACGAAACAACGUCAAAAAAUAGAAGAUACAGCGAACGAAAAGUUCGAAGUGAUGACUUCAGCGUCAUCCAGCAACGAUACACCAGAGAGCUCGGAUGCUUUGGAAAAGAAGCAAUUGAUCACCCUGGGUCAGGAUCAGAAAAUAAUUUAUGUAGAAGCUGAAGCAAUUGGAGACGUAGCGGAAAUAGUAGAUAUUGAAAAUUAAGGAGUCGCAAGCGAAGAAA